AGUGACAGAGAAAGUCUCUGAGAAAAUAAAAACACACACAACAACACACGCACGCACACGACUACGCGGCCAUUAGCGAAGCAUCGAAACCUAACGGUCCUUCCAUCCUCGCGUUGAAAACUCACACGCUUCAAAAUCACUCUCAAGCUCUUCCAAAUCUUCCCCUUUUUCACCUUCCAUUUCUCCAUUUUCUUUCCCUCCAAACACCGGCCUCGUCUCCGAUCAAGGCGUCGUUGGAAUGUCCGGGACUCGAUUCGUUAUCGGUUUUCGAGCCGAUUCUCCGUACGAUCCGGAAUCGAAAGCGCCGGGAUUCGGGGCUUGAAUUCGGUAUCUCAGGGUUUUGGUGCUGGAUUUUAUGGGUUUGGUAGCUUGAGGAGGACUGGAAUUGGAUUCGAUUGGAAAUGAGCUCGCAAAAGCAGCACGUGACGAUUCGCGACCUCGCCGAGGAAGCCAAAAAGCGGAUUGUAGUUCUGGUCAUAUGCGUUGUGGGUUUGUCGUACCUCAUGUCGUUGACAAGCUCCUCUGUUUGGGUCAACUUGCCUGCCGCUGCUUCCUUGAUUCUCGUCCUUCGAUAUCUUUCGCUGGAUUUUGAAACAAAAAGAAAAGCUGCAGCUUACAACAGCAGACAAUCUUCAGAAAAUACUCUUUCUCAAAAGAAAGCUCCCGAACGGCCCAAGGUUGUUGACGUUUCUGCGUGGAGAAGGAAAGUAAAGUCGCCUGUUGUUGAGGAUGCAAUAGAUCACUUGACAAGACACAUAGUAUCUGAGUGGGUGACGGAUCUCUGGUACUCGCGUUUGACACCCGAUAAAGAAGGUCCAGAGGAACUCGUGCAAAUUAUAAAUGGCGUCCUUGGUGAAAUUUCAGCACGAAUGAGAAACAUAAAUCUAAUUGAUCUUCUGACAAGGGAUCUGAUUAAUCUCAUUUGUACUUACUUGGAGCUCUUCCGCGCAACUCAAGCGAAGGUUAAAAAGCAAGCAGAACCGCUAACAAGUGAACACCUAGACAUAGAACUAAGGCUCGUCCUGGCUGCUGAGAACAAGUUGCACCCUGCUUUAUUUUCUGCUGAAGCUGAGCAUAAGGUUUUGCAGCAUGUGAUGGACGGUCUCAUCUCCUUCACAUUCAGGCCUGAAGACUUGCAGUGCUCUUUCUUCCGUUACGUUUCUAGGGAGCUUCUUGCUUGUGCAGUAAUACGACCUGUCCUGAACUUAGCGAGUCCAAGGUUUAUUAAUGAGAGAAUCGAAUCUCUAGUUAUUAAUAUGACCAAGUCUAAACAAGCAGUUAGUGCAACACACGAGGAAGCUCAGCCUAAGUCAGAUGGGCCUACAAAGAUUUCACCUGAUCAUUUUUCCAAGUUCUUAGAUCCUUCUGUUAAAGGUGUUGAACUUGUGCAGUUAAACAAUAAUAAGUCAAGAGGUGUUGGAGAGACACAAGCAGCAGAUUGUGCCAAUGGAAACCUUUCAAAAGAUCCAUUGCUUUCGAUUGAUACUCGAUCUACUCGGUCAUGGAGCCCACUGCCCAUGAACUCCGAGAAUAGUGAUGAAGGCGGUCUUCAACGACACCGCUCUGGAGGAGAAUGGGGUGAUAUGCUAGAUAUGAUUUCUCGCAGAAAAACUCAAGCCCUGGCUCCUGAACAUCUAGAAAACAUGUGGACGAAGGGAAGGGACUACAAAAGGAAGGAAGGUGAAAAUCGGUUAAUUGAGGAAGGUUCACAGGGUUCUUCCCAUGCAACUGUAACGAAGCUUAGUUCUUCUGAGAGCAGCUACAUCCAGUCCAGAUCUUCUGAUCAUUUUAAGGAGGUGAAGUCAUCCCGCCUCGAUGUUCAGGACACAAAAAGUUUCUCCCUUGUUAAUCCAUACCAGGAAGAUGAUGAACAAAACCUUAUGCUUAUGGAGGAGGUGGAGUUGGGAAGUAGCACUUCUUAUACUUCUGAAGAAGAAGAAAAUAGCAGUGUAAUGGGUCUUAAUUCUCCUGGAACUAAAGUGUGGAAUGGUAGAAAUAAUAGAAAUAAAACAAUAUCUCAUAUUCAUCACCCACUUGAAGAUGCCAAGGGCCGUAAGAAAACUGCCAAGGGACAUGUUCACUAUCAAAGAUUACAUAAAACCCAUAGUGGCCGCAAAAGAUUUAGACCAAGCAAUGACAAGGUGCACAUCUGGCAGGAGGUUGAGAGAACAAGCUUCUUGUCUGGAGAUGGGCAGGAUAUACUUGGUUCUUCAAUAGGACAUGCAAGUGACGAGGACUUUAGUGGUGAUUCGGAUAUGGAAAAUUUGGGUAGGGCUCACAGUGGUGCAGCUGCUUCUUCAUCUGCACCUUCUACUUCUGUUGCGGAAAGGCAUGGUCUAGUUGUCAAUUCCCUAAAAAAUUCAUUGGCAGUUGAUUCCUUUUAUAAGUUGAGAUGUGAGGUAUUGGGUGCAAAUAUUGUGAAGAGUGGUUCAAGAACAUUUGCCGUGUAUUCCAUAUCUGUUACCGAUGUCAAUAAUAAUAGCUGGUCAAUCAAAAGAAGGUUUCGUCAUUUUGAGGAACUACAUCGGCGCCUUAAAAUAUUUUCAGAAUAUAAUCUUCACUUGCCACCGAAGCACUUCCUGUCAACUGGUUUGGAUGUACCCGUCAUUCAAGAACGGUGUAAAUUACUUGACGAUUAUUUAAAGAAGCUUAUGCAGCUUCCAACAAUUUCUGGGUCAAUUGAAGUUUGGGAUUUUCUAAGUGUUGAUUCUCAGACGUAUAUCUUCUCUAAUUCCUUUUCCAUUGUUGAAACUUUGUCAGUUGAUCUGAAUGGUAAGCCUUCCGAAAAAAAUAAAGGGAUUUCAAACUCUGGUGGACCUGUGAAUGUGACUGAUCUCUCCACCUUGAAGAGAGAACAUCUAAGAAAUGAAAGUAGGGAGCCUGCAUUGCAGAUGAAGAAUAAUGCUGCCUCAGAUGGAUUUAGAUUGAAUGUAAAAGGCCUCUCUUUUCCCCCUUCAAAAAUUCCUGGUAAAGAAUUUGACAAUUCUGGUAGUGAUUCAGAAACUAGGGCACCAAAAGAUCCGUCUUCACUCAGAAACUUGGGAAGGGCUGUAAAAGGAAAAGAGAGUCAUAGUUCGGAGGCGGCAUCGGAGUUACCAUUGGAUGCUGCUGCUGACCUGACACUUCCUACGGAGUGGGUGCCACCAAAUGUAAGUGUUCCUAUACUAGAUUUAGUGGAUGUCAUUUUCCAGCUCCAAGAUGGCGGGUGGAUCAGGCGAAAGGCUUUUUGGGUAGCAAAACAAGUCCUGCAACUGGGAAUGGGUGAUGCCUUCGAUGACUGGUUAAUAGAGAAAAUCCAACUUCUGCGUAAGGGAAGAGUAGUUGCUUCCGGGAUCAAGCGUCUUGAACAGAUACUCUGGCCUGAUGGAAUAUUCCUAACCAAGCAUCCAAAGAGACGCCCACCCCCGUCCGCAAACGCAUCCCAGAGUUCACCUAAUGGCCAACAACAUGCGGAAGUAUCAUCACCUAGAAUGGAUGAUGAGCAGCAACAAGAGGCAAACCGACGUGCAAAGUUUGUAUAUGAGCUAAUGAUUGACAAAGCACCGGCUGCUAUUGUUGGUCUCGUGGGUCAUAAGGAAUAUGAACAGUGUGCGAAGGAUCUCUAUUUCUUUCUUCAGUCAUCUGUUUGUUUGAAGCAACUGGCUUUUGAUCUUCUCGAACUGCUUUUAUUGUCAGCUUUCCCAGAGCUGGAUUACAUUUUUAAGCAGUUGCAUGAUGAAAAACAUAAGUUUGUCGAGUCCACACCCAGCUAAGCGUUAUUAUCGAUUGCCAAGAUCAAGCUGCAUUCAUAUUUUUGUUUCUUUUUCUUUCACCAGGUAUAUAGCCCGACAACACGAUUCUGUUGUCAGAUUGAGUUUUUUGUAAAUGAAAUUCUUCGUUUGAGCUUGUGAAGGGUUGAUUCAUUCUUAGGCCUGAGCUCUGCAUUAAGCCUUUGAUUUUGGUGUCUGGAGGAAAUUGUACGUAGACAACCAAGAGAUCAGAGAAAAUAUAUGAAUAGUUUGUGUA